AUGAAACCCCCAUGCGCUGUAUCUCCUCUGCAUUCAGCGCCAAAGUCCCCCACCACCGCUGUGCCCAAAAGAAAGGCAGAAGGGAAUGCUUAUGGUAAUAAAGCCAAGGUAAAGAAAGAGCCACAGAAAAGAUCUGCAAGGUUGUCUGAUGAACUUGCUCCUCCAAAGCCAGAGCCCAAGCCUAAGAAGGCCCCUGCAAAGAAGAGAGAGAAGGUAUCCAAGGUGAAGAAGGGGAAAACUGAUGCCUAUAAGGAUGCAAAUAAUCCUGUGGAAAAUGGAGAAGCCAAAACAAACCAGGCACAGAAAGCCAAAGGUUCUGGUGAUGCCAAAUGA